AUGUCUGACUUUGAUGACGAUUUUGAUGAUGAUUUCGAGGAUGAUUUCGAGGAUGACUUUGAGGAAGAAGUACCUCAAAAACCAGUGUUCAAUAGUGCACCUGCAAAAACAAUAGUGCCUCAGACAUUUCAAUCUAGGGUUGAAAUACAAAAUGAUAAAAUUGUAAAUACAACUCCGAGCACCAGACAAGAGGAAAUCACAACAAAGGCUAUCAAAAUUAAACCUACUCUCUCAAAGGAAGAAAAGGAGAGACUUGAAAAAAAUCAAAAAAAGUUGGACAGAGCUCAAAAGCUAUUGGAAUUAAUUACAUUGGAUAAUGUUUCAUUUGAAGUGAUGGAUUUACCUCCACUAUCUGAUUUUGAAAUGUAUCAAAGAUCAUUUGGAAAAGGAACAUCUAUGCAGACUUCUGUUCAAUGUCCUCCGUUGGAUGAAAAGAAGGAAAUGGGAUGUAACACAAUACCACCAACACAGUCAGUAAAAGCGAUCCAAGCACCAGAAGAUUUAGGUAUAUCAAGUAAGAGUACACCAAAGAAUAGUAUGGACAAGUUCAAAUUUAAUUCUCUGUCAUUGUCAAGAUUUUUGAAAGCUGUCUAUCCAGUCUGUGACAGGAUUCUAGAAUCUAACACCAGUAGUAAUACAGAAUCAGAUACAAAGAAUAGAGAAUCUAUGUUUAAGUUUAGUAGUAGCUAUUCUGUUUUCGGCCAUCCUCUGACAAAUGGAAGAGAGGUUAAGGAAAUUAUUUUCUCAAAAGAUAACCAAAUGAUAGUAUGUUACGGACCUAAUUAUUCAAAUGUAGAAAUUGAAACUGGAUUGGUUUGUAUCUGGGAUACUCUAAAUGAAAAAUCACCAGUCCUCUGUUUAAUUUAUGGUUGUGAAUUGACAAGCGUUUGUUGCCUUCCAGAUAGACCAAAUAUUAUUAUUGCUGGUGCAAAUGAUGGAUCUGUAGUUGUUUGGGAUUCAAAUCAAAAUCCAAAGACAAGAAUAAUUGAAGAAUCUCCAUUGUCAUUCCUCACUCCAUCCUUUUCAACAGCUAAUCUCUUCAGUGAAACUCACUUGUGCUCUGUAGUCCAAGUGAAAACUAUCAGUUCUCAACUCUCAAUAUAUUCAAACGAAAUAAGAAGUAUGGGAGAUUAUUUUAUUUCUCUGGAUGAAGCUGGUAAUGUAAUUUAUUGGCUUGUGAUAUUCCUCUCUCAACAUGGAGUCUCUGAUACAGAGAUUGGGUUGAAUAUUGGUGGAAAGGUAAAAAUUGUAAACAGUGGAAGAAUGAACGUAUUCGGAGAGCCAACAUUAGAGCUAAACUUGAAAAAGGUGGAGAAUGAAACAAGUUUAGCUGCCUCUAUCCUUAAAGGAUUUACAAACGCAAAUGAUAAUACCAACCAUGAACAAUUUAUUCCCUCAAUUGAAGCUGCUGUUUGUUUCGAGGUUGAUCCAGACGACUCUUCACAGAUAUUGGUUGGAACAGAUUUUGGACAUAUACUGAGAAGAGGAAGAUUCAUUGACAAUAUAAAACCAUACAACAUUGUAAAAAGAAAGGAUGGGUACUCGUCCAAUAUUCAUCAUAUUACAUCAAGAGUUACGUGUGUGGAAUUUUCAUUUUUCUUACCUCAAUAUUUUCUUGCUGGUUACGAAAAUGGAAUGUUUGCUCUGUUUCUGAAAGGAUACGAAGAUCCAAUCAUUAACUUUAAACAUUACACCAACUCAAGUAUUGUAGAUAUUAAGUGGAGUGCUGUUCAUCCAUCUGUAUUCUUUGUUUUAACCAGUGAUGAUGAUCUAAUGGUAUUCGAUCUCAUUCAAAACGAUAAGUUAAUAUUCUGUGAAAAGAGUGAGCUGCAAAUUAGGAUUAAUUUGUCUUUCUCAAAAGGAGAAAGUGCAAAGUGUGCUAGUUCAUCACCAACCAGAUUUAAUGAAAGCUCUGAAUAA